CGGGACUUAUUUUGCGGCUGCACACGCUUCACACAGGAGCAGGAUGGAGUGUGAGAGAGCGCUCGAGCUCCUGAUGGAGGUGGAAGUCGCGGCUGAAGAUGUGCUCAGUGAUAAACAGCAGAUUGUUGAACUCGAUGCGAGAAGAAACAGAAACCGAGAAGCGAUGAAUGCUCUAAAGACCAGCAGCGAGGAUGAGGACAAAGUGAAGGUUUGCUUUGGGAACAUGUUCAUUAAAUUCCCCAAGGAGAGCACCAAAUCCAUGAUACAGAAAGAUCAGGAGCAGCUCGAUCAGGAAAUAAACGACCUCCGGAAAGGUCUCAAAGCAAAAGUAAACCGGCUUAAUGAUUUACAAGGGAAGCCUGAUCUGAGAGGAUACAACCUGUCUCCACUGACCGGCGAUGAACUCAAGGCUAUUAAUAACGUCCUAAAGAGAUGAUCAGUUUUAAUUUAACCUAAUAAAUGUGAGCAAGAUGUGGGACAUGGGGUCAUUAUAAUAAUAUUAACAUGAUGAUGAUUAAGGUGAAUGCAUCACUGUGCACCUUGCAGUGAUACUCUGACGGAAAUGCAAAAAAAAUAAAAAAGCACUGCACGGUGUCACUUGAAAGCUGCUGUUUUUCACACCAUAUCUCUAAAUUCUGUUUUGUUCUGGUUCAGAGAUGAGUGCCGUAGUUUGCACACCCUCACUAGGUAGAGAUGACCUGAACAAGACAUUGAUAUUUACUGAUGUUCCUUCAUUGUUACACAAAUAAAAAGAGGAUGAAAAGGAUAGAAACAUCUGCUGUAAUGGAUCUGUCUGACAUACUUAUAAUGUAUCCUGCUAUUUGUUUUGGAUGUUCUUGCAAAUCCUUUUGGUAUGUUUUUCUCCUUUUAGUUCUGUUUCGUCAGAUUUUUUGUAUUUUUAUGCCUCUGACAAAACAAUUCUAAUGUCUCAAUAUUCAUGAACACCAUCUCCUGUUCUGUAAAAGGUCAGACUGUUUGCGAAUUUAGUUUUCCCCCCUCGUCAACAGAUGUUUUAUUUAUAAAAGGAGUCUCCAGUGUCA